AUGUCCUAUCUCUCUACAGGGACAGACAUGAACGUCUCUGAUAACUAUUCAGACCUGUAUAUACCGGGGGCCACUCGGGCUGUGUCAGUGACAGCAAUGUGCAUUGUCAACGUCGUUGCCUUUGUUGGCAAUCUCAGCAACAUCAUCGUAAUCUUAAAGUGCUCGCAACUUCGCCACACUCUAACCAAUCUGUUCGUUCUGAAUCUGUGCAGUGUGGAUCUUCUGGCAUCCGUCCUUGUUCUCCCCAUGUCUAUAGUUUCGUUCAUUAAGGGACGCUGGCCCCUGGACACCACGGCGUGUACCAUCAAUGGAUUCAUCAACUCGUUGUUGACGUUUGCUUCAAUAACCAACUUGUGCACCAUAAGUAUAGAGCGUUAUUAUUCCAUCCGCCUCCCCAUGCACCACGCCGCCAACAUGACCCUGUGUCGGACAUUACUGGUCAUCCUGUUCAUCUGGACAGAGAGUGUGGUAUUCGCUGUUCUCCCUCUGCUAGGACUUAGCUCGUAUGAGUACCGACACCACAAGAAGCAUUGUUCCUUCACAUGGCAGGAUGGUAACUACAGCAGAGUCUAUAUAUUUGUCAUCGGCUUCUGGUGUUUCGUUCUUCCCGGGGUUAUUUUAAUGUUUAUGUACUACGGAAUAUUCAAGGUGGCUAGACUUGCAGCCACCCAAGUGCACCCCCAGCCGUCCCCUCAAACAUUGUGCUCCACCCUCAGCAGAAAUCAAAUCGGAUCAGGGUCGCUGUCAAACGACACUAGAGAAAGUGUUUCAUCCCAUGUGUCUGUGUUGCCUUCCAGACAACUACCUAAAGCAACCAGGAAACAUUUCAAAGCCAUCAAGACGUUGAUUGUGAUUCUCACAGCUUACAUUGCGCUAUGGGGACCUUACUUCAUCCUCCACAUUCACGGGGCAGUGUUUGGUAGCGUCGUUCAUAGACAGACAACGGAGAUCCUGACAACAUGGCUGGGUUAUGUUUCCUUUUCCCUGAACCCCUUCCUCUACGGCUGGAUGAACCGGACGAUCCGUGGGGAGCUCCAGAGCCUGUACAAGUUACUGUUUUGUUGUUUGUGUAAACACGAAGACCCAACCCCAGAGGACGACCACCCUGGGGAGGACUUCUGGCAGUUUAUAGAAAGGACUAGUGCUAAAAACAACGUUACCCCUUCCGCAGCUGUGGGUAACAACAGCCGACUAGCAGACCAGCGUGACUGUGACACGAAUAUUGACAACUCGGAAUUGUUUUUCUGA